AUGCGUUGUAGUGGCGGGAAAAAGUCAAAACAAAGGAACACUUGGGCACAAAGAGUUAAUGCAGCGGGAGAGAAGGAACUUCCAAUAGUUAUAGGUCGGUCUGAGAACCCGCGCUGUUUUAAGAAUCUACCGAACAAGCAGUAUCCCUAUACAUGCAGGUAUUUUGCAAACGACAAAGCAUGGAUAAGAACUGAAAUUAUGCAGGAAGUUCUGGCCAAGUUGAAUCGGCGACUGAAGAGGGAAAAUCGAAAUAUCAUGCUGUUUAUGGACAAUGCCCCAUGUCACCCGCCCUCAUUGAAAAAUACCUAUUCCAAUAUCAAGAUAAUCUUUUUUCCGAAGAAUACGACCUCGAAGACCCAGCCUUUAGAUUCCGGCAUUAUUGCAAAUUGGAAGAUCCAUUACAAAAAGCGAAUGCUUCGAUUUAUCUGUAGCAAAGUUUCAGCUACAAUAACUGCGACGGACAUUGUGAAGUCAAUCGACGUGCUCAUGUCAAUAGAGUGGGGUAAGCAGGCGUGGGUUGAAGUACAGGAAAGCUAUAUCAUUAAGUGCUUUAAGAGCACUGGUCUUUACCCUGAUACUGAACCUGUAGACGACGACCCGUUUGAGGGAGAAAACCUUGUACAGCAUGAACAAAUCGACACCAUGUUAGCAACGCUAAGUGCUCCCUGCACCGCACAGGAAUUUUUAGAUAUUGAUGCUAACGAGCCAACUUGUCAGCUAGCUUUAGAUCCAACCCGUGCAGACUGGAGAGACCAGGCCAGGGAGAUCUAUUUGAUCAGGACGAUAUGA